UAAUAUCUUCUGAUUAUAAAAACUUCCAGAAAUAUAAUGUUAAUAAAUAUUAUUGAUAACCUUGGUAACGUGACAUAACAAACAAUAAUUUUAUAUUCAUUGUUACUCCGGUAACUACAAAAAUAGCAUUACCUUAGCACCAUUGCAAGCUAAGAAAACAACAGAGCUAACAAUGACAGAAUACUGGCAGUCGACGGCUCGCAAAUAUUGUGAAUUUUGCAAGUGUUGGUUUGCAGAUAGUAAAGUGUGUAUAUCUUUUCAUGAGAAUGGUAAGAGACACAAGGAAAAUGUUCAAAAGCAUAUUUCUCAACUUAGCAAAAAAAGUGCAAAAGAAUUUAAGCAAAAAGAAAAAAUUGAUGAUGAAAUGAAAAAAAUGGAAUCAGCUGCCAUGGCUGCUUACUUAAAAGAUGUUAAGAAUAAUGGUGAUCUCACAUCUAAAGUUAUUAAUGAAAUGGUUAAGAAAAGUGGUGGCAGUGCAGCUGAUAUAACUAUCAGUUGCGGCACAAAAGAUAAAUCAGCUCCCGAGUGGCAUGAAAUUAAAAGUGAAAGUGGAAGUUCUUACUUUUGGAAUACAAAGACUAAUGAAACAACCUGGAAUCCACCGGAUAAUUAUUUAUCAAUAGCAAAACAAGAAGAAAAGAAACUAAAAGAGGAACAGCCAGAAAAGAAACAGAAAAAAGCAAAGAAGCAAAAACAAGAUGAGUGUUUCAAAGAAGUCGAAGCUCUUAUGAAAAGAGAGAAAAUGAAAGAAUUAGGUGAUAAAACUAAGCCUAGUAAUAGUGACGGCCAGUAUGGGCCCUCGCUACGCCCAGCCAAUCCAUACGGUUCAUGGAAACCAGUUGUUGAUGAGUGUAAAGAAAGCAUCGACCUCCAGCUGCCAAAAGGCAAGGAGCAGCCGCCGCCGCCCGUCGUCGUACUGCCCGAAGUUGUACAGUUCAAGGAGAAGCGAGUCGACUCCCUCGGCGAUGGACCCGUCGACUUCAAGAAGAGAAAAUUGAACGUCCAAAAAAGAAACAUACGACAGAAGCUCGACGACGAAUAAUAAAUAUU